UUAAUUCUUUAUCAAUGUCUUAACCCUAUUCUCAGCUCUAGUGAGUGUGUGUUUAUGGCGAUUCUUCCAUGGGGGAGGAGCGCGGCGAGGUUCCUCCUUUUGGCGCUAGGCCUGGCGGUGGCGCUGCUGGAAUCGAUCAAUGCGGCCGUGGACACGAACCCGGUGUUCAAUCCGUGUGGCGACACUAGGGUUCAGGUUCUGGAUGGAUUCACGUUUGGAUUGGCGUUCAGCAGCAACUCCUCCUUCUUCCUCGGCCGCUCCCAGCUCUCGCCCUGCGAUCGCCGCUUGAGCAAUCUCUACAGCGGCCGGAUCGCGGCGUUCCGGCCAAGGGUCGACGAGAUCAGCUUGCUCACUGUCAACGAUACCAGCACCCUCAAUGCUGACAAUGGAAACGAACUCUACAUGGUCAGCUACGCGGGGAGCCGAUUCGGUGCCAGAUCCAAGCCACAUUUCGUCGGAGACAACGAGAAGAUCGUCACAAGUUUCACCCUGGUGCUCGAGUUCCGCAAGGGCCGAUUGAUCAACAUGCUCUGGAAGGGCAACGAUUGCAAGUCGUGCUCCGACGGCCGCGACGAUUUCGUGUGCCUCAAGAGCGGCGACUGCGCCGUUCGUCUCUCGCAUUGCAGGCAUCGCGGCGGCCGAGUGGAUUGCAGCAUUGGGAUCACUGUCACCUUCUCUGGGACUGACAAGAACAACGUUGUUCUAAACACCUGGUACCAAGUCGCCAAGCUCCAGCAAUACUCCCUCUACAACCUCUACUCGAAUCUCAAAAGCUCCGUGUGGAGCCAACUCUUCUUCUAGCGUUCUAGCGUUUUCUCUUUUGGUUAUUUGUAUUUUGUGCUUAACAAUGAUAUACUCUAUAUAUCUAACCUACUAUUUGUGCUAA